AUGGUCCGCGACUUGAGAGUUCUUGCAGCUGGAGGGUUGGGAAAGGAAGGUUCAUGGAAAGAGUUGUAUUGGGAUAUUCCCGGAAUCGAUAUACCUGCUGGACCGAGCUUGAUGCUCAGCCGUGUUUCUCCUAUCGAAAAUAUGGAUAACGUCAUCACAAUCCAGUCAAGAAUCAAGUGCAAACAAAACCAUAACACAACAGUUGAUUCCAGACUUUCACGCACGAUAGAGAACGGCGGCACCGAGGAAAUGAUAAAUGCCCGGGCAACGCCCUUCCCUCUGCCCACGACAUGUCCACCUCCUGCGUCUUCUGCUGUCGUCGAGGUUGAGCCAAACGCGGCCGCUAAAAGCCUCAGCCCAGCCCAGACCUUGCUUCAAUGUUCCCUCCGCACAACACCCUCGAGCACCUGCACUGCGACGGGUGCUAAUUGCUUCGACUCUCCAUCGCCACACGCCCUCUCUUUCCCGCCGCCGUCUCGCCUGUUUCCUGCCUGUUCCUACCUUCUGGUCCCCGUCGGCGUGGUCACAGGGCCUGCUCUCGUCCUCCCUCGCCCUCCUGCGAAAAACCAUCCGCCCGUACCGAUCGCCUCGUCCACCGCCUCUCCUGUGCCGCUGAGGAGCGGAACCACGCACAUCUCCAAUUUUACCGGUCAGGCCCGUCAUGGCUGGGAGCGGAUGACCCCGGCCUUUGGCAUGUCUCGUCCCCAACACGACAUGGCCGGCUCCCACCCCUUCCGCAGGCCACCCGUUCCGCCGACCAUACCCACCCCUCCCACUGUCGAUUCCAUAAUAAACCUCUCCUUCAAUGUGCCCUUCUCGUCAAACCUUCAAGGUCCUGAUCCAGAUGACGUUUUGCAUUCCACCCCCGGUGCCCUUCAGCGAUGGACCUACCCUGACGGAACCCCGGAAGGGACGCCAACCCACAAGCUUCCGGUUCAUGCAAAUCACGUCGACUCGCUGAGGAAAUUGUGUCGCCAGAUCAGUGAAGCUAGUGGAGGGCGGAUUGAAGCCACGGUCACUUCAACAGAGCCCAAAGCAGUAGCUUCGCUUCAGCGAAGACCCCAUGGGCUGGUUACCAACGUCUGUAUCUCUGGAGAAAAUGAUCUUGUGCAGAAGAUGCGGGCGAAAAUCUUGAAAGAGACCCCUUUUGCUCUGCGAUGUGCCACAGUCGAUAUCGAUGUGAACCUUGUCAUGGACCCGAGUUCAAACGCGAUGCGGCAAAGUGUUUUGAAUCAUCUCAAUACCCUUGCAACUUAUACUGGCGUGGAUAUAUUCUUGCUCAGCCCCAAAAUCGUUGAUGCAGAUAGCGCCAUUGUGUCUUCAUAUGGGUAUUCGACUGAGAAUGGCCUCGAUCAUCGGUUUAGAAUCGCGAUGUAUGGCGAUGUUGAGAGCUCAGAGCACGCCAAAACUAGAGUCUUGAUCAUGAUUGAUCAGAUUCUCAAACGGCAGGUUGAUGUGAUGAAGCUUGAAUUGACAAUGCAUACUUUGGUUUGUGGCCGCACACGCCGCAACAUCAAACUUAUUGAAGCUGCCACAAAUACCGCCAUCUACUUUCCACCGCCAUUCCCCCGUGUCUAUGGAUAUACCCCACCUGGUGCCUACAGGCGGAGCGAGGAUGAAGUUUACAUUACCGGCACUAGCCAAGACCAGAUUGCCAAAGCAAAACAGAAGUUACAUGAACUGGUUAGGGGUGUCAAAGUCUACGUCAAGGACGUUUCUGUCACCCCAACCAAAAUAGAUAGUAUCUUGCUUGAUCGUUUGGAUAAAGUUCGGAAGGUCAUGGAGGCAAACGGGUGCUAUGUUCUUUUCCCCCAACUCGGCAGUCAGCGCAACACGAUCCGGGUGCAAGGAACCGAAAUUCUACAUGUCGAACGUACCAUCCGAGAGCUGAUGGCUUUGGCUGGUCAGUUCUACGGCGCAACCUGGUGGAUUAUUCUUCCAGAGAAUGGAACCCAGAUGCGAUCUCCCUCCCCAUCUGAUAUCCGAACCAUGUUGUCCGAUAUUUGUGCCAACUCCGGUGCCGACGUUAGUUUCGAUAAAUUGACCUUCACGAUCCACGGCUCAGAUGAUGCUGUCAAGGCAGCGAUGAUGGUCAUCCACCAAAUUCCGUUUGUUAAACGCUCUCCGUACCAAAUGCGCGUGAAACUUGAAUUGGCAAACGAGCAUAAGGAAUUUGUCAGUGGCAAGAAGAACGGGAAGAUCAACAAGAUCAUGGGCCAAAGCAACGUUCAAAUCAUCUUCGACGGAUUUAACGAGUAUAACUUUUAUAUUGAUGUAUGCGCUACGCAAUAUGAGGCAGCAAGGAACGGCCUCGAUUUGGUGGAGCAAGAAAUGCCAGCGUCGAUCUCCUUCCAUGUUCCCGACCAAUAUCACAAGCGCAUCAUCGGUAUCGGGGGCCAGCAUAUCCAGCGUAUCAUGAAAAAAUACUCCGUGUUCGUCAAAUUUUCUAAUGCGAUGGACCGUGGUGGCGUUAGCAAGGAUGAUGACGAUAUCAGAGUUGAAAACGUGAUAUGCCGUACACCUGCUCGGAACGCUCAGAACCUUGAACUUGUUAAGCAGGAAAUCAUGGAUAUGGUCGAGAAAGUUGACGCCGAGUUCGUUUCUGAGACUGUACUCGUGAACCGCCUCUACCACCGAGAGCUUAUUUCUCGAAUGAAGGAUAUCGAUGAAUUAGAGAAAAAAUGGAACUGCAAAAUUGAUUUUCCAAGCACCGAAACAGCAAGUGAUUUCGUGACUAUCUCGGGACCAGAGUAUCAAGUCCCACAAGCCGUUGACGCCUUUUUAGGGAUGGUGCCUGAAACUCAUGAAAUAUCCUUCAGUAGCUCUGAGCAACUUCGAGAAUUUUUCAAGACUCCAGAGUUCACAGUCGAGGUCAUGCAAAAACUCAAAGAUCAAUAUGAGGUUGCCGUAGCGGUCGAUACAGCCGGAGAGCCGGCUCUAGGAACUGAUUCUCCCGCCCAAGAGGAUAGACUCGUUCUUGGCUAUACACGGAACAACGCCGGUGGAUUGAAGGACGCCAUCGAUUUUCUUGUUUCCCGUCUCGUCUCUCACGGACUUGAUGCUACGACCGUGAAGGGAUCAAUUCCCCGUCCCAAGUCAGAUUCCUUUGAAGAGUCUUUGCCUUUCUUUGACUCAAAAUUGUUACAACACGCCCCUGCUCCUCUUGUUACCGACUCACCCACUCGCCCCAACUUCCCCGACGAUGCCAGUGAUAGAGGUUCGAUUUUUGAGCGCCUCCGUAAGCCUGGUAGUAUUUCUUCUUUUUCGUCGUUUAUCGGUCGCAAGAACCAUUCUGGUUCUCCUGGCUCGCUUUUCAAGCAUGCAUCCAGUAAUGCUUCUAAAGCAUCCCUCGUUUCUAUGGAGUCGCGUGAUAGCGGUUAUCGUAAUCCUUGGAAUGAUUCCGGCGUAAAUCUUCCAGAGGAGGACAUCUUUAACUCUAGCAAUGGGUGGCCAUCUCGUUUUGAUAGUGCAUUUCCCUUUGGUACCGGUACCGCGCCCGGAGAUAUGACUCCGCGACACGAUCUCCGCGCAUCGUUUGAUAGCGGUCGCCCUAGUACUUCCAAUUCUACUUCUGGAUACCCGGCCCCAAUCGGGCCACCUCGUUAA